UAUUGUAAAUUGUAUUGAACGCAUAACAUUAAUUAUUAUUUUUUGUUACUAUCAUGAAACUGUCCAUAGCGUUUCUUUUAUGUUUCGUAGUUUUCGUUUGUGUUCGAAGUGAAAAGAAGAAUGAUUGUCCAAGAAUUAAAACAAAACAGCAAUGGGAAGGUGUCAUAAGAAAUAAUUCUAUCAAUCAAACGUUACCAAUACAAAAUGUCAUAAUUCACCAUACGGUAUCUAAAGAAUGUGAAUCAUUUGGAGAAUGUGCAACGAUUUUAAAAAACAUUCAAAACUAUCAUAUUUUUCAACGAAAGUUUGGAGAUAUUGCAUACAACUUCUUGAUUGGAAAUGAUGGACUUGUUUAUGAAGGACGUGGAUGGUAUGAAAUUGGAAACCAUACUCGAGGUUAUAGUCGAAAUAGCAUUGGUAUAGCAUUUAUUGGUAAUUUCACAAGUAAACUACCCAACCCAAAAGCAUUUAACGCUUUAAAAAAUCUUCUUAGUUGUGGAGUUAACUCAGGAUUUCUCAUUCCAAGCUAUAAAUUAAUUGCAGCUCGUCAAGUUUCCAAUACGAUAAGUCCUGGGUUACCAAUUUUUGGAGAGAUACAGGAAUGGGAAAAUUGGACUCAGAAUGAUCAUUUACCUAAAUCAAACUAGAAAAAUGAAAAUUUAUUAGAUAGAAGCUAAAUGAAAUAAAAUGUUUUGUUUUGGAACGUU